AUGCGCGGAUUUCCGUCGAUUUGCGCGAUAACCCGCAAGCCUCUAUCCUGCGGCCGGUUUCAUCGGUCCCAGGGCGUGCGCGCUCUCCGCCUGCAUGGUCGGCGUGUUCAACACGGUCGGCCACAAGGUCCCCCCAAUGCCGGCAGCUACCGGCGCAUCGACGUGCUGCUCGGCGAAGGCACCGUCUGCGGCAUCCCGCGCCAUCCCACCAGCACCUCGGUGGCGACGACCAAUCUCGGCGACCGGGUGACCUGCGCGGUGCAGCGCGCGCUGGCCGACAUCGGCGAUGGCAUCGGCAUGGCCGACGGCGGCGCCGCGAUACCGGCGACGGGGGCGGUGAUCUCGGGUUCCGAUCCGCGCCACGGCGGCGCGCCCUUCUGCAACGAGGUGAUCCUGCUCGGCGGCAGCGGCCCCGGCACGCCCCACACCGACGGCUGGCUGACCAUGCUGACCAUGGGCAAUGCCGGCAUGCCGCUCGUCGACAGCAUCGAGGUGGACGAGAUUCAUCACCCCAUGCUGGUCACGGAACGCCGGCUGAUACCGGAUACAGAGGGUGAAGGCCGCUUCCGGGGCGGGCCCGGCUUCCGGGUGGAAUACGGCCCGGUGGACUGCGAUAUGGAGCUCGGCUACGUCUGCGACGGCAGCCUGAACCCGGCCAAGGGUGCCCGUGGCGGCGGCGAGGGCUGCCCCGCACGCCACUACAAGCGGAUCGAGGGGCAGGGCGAGCUGGUCGAGGUGCCGGAUACCAGUGCCCAAUAUGUCCUCAAGCGCGGGGAGACGGUGAUCUCCUACACACCCGGCGGCGGAGGCUACGGCCCACCGUUGGAGCGCGAUCCCGAACGCGUGCAGAAGGACGUGACCGAAGGCUGGAUCACGCACGAGCGGGCCCGCGACGUUUAUGGGCGUGAUCAUCGAUUCGAGCGGUUCGGUCGACGCGGACGCUACCGCGGCGCGCCGGGCCGACAUGGCUGGCUGAACGGCAGGGCCUGGCCUCGACGGAGGCAGGCCGUGACAGUGGCGAGAAAUCCGGGCUAG